AUACAGUUUACUCUUCUUUUGUAGACAUGUGUUAAUAUUUCGUGGCAUUCCUUUUGUGUCAUUGCCUUAAGUGUUCUUUUGACAUGGCAGAAGGGGCUGCUCAUGGACCCCAAGACAGAAAGCUUUGAAAAAAUAAAUAAAAGGAACUAAGGGUUUUAAUCAAGAUGGCAGCAUCCAGAAGUUCUAUGUUUGCAUACUGUGCGACCAGUCUGGGCUUUACUUUGCUCUCAGGUACUUUCUCGUUCUACUACGUUAAAGUCUUUCUUAACGAGUACCACAUUGACGAGAAAUGGUUCCAUUUUGCUCAGCUUCUCUAUCUCGUCUGGAAUGCCAUCAACGAUCCUCUGUUUGCUUACUGUCAGGACACGCAGCAGUCGAAAUUUACACGGACUCGUCGACACAUCAUCCUAUACACCGCCCCACUCUUUUCCUUGUCGUACCUGCUGGCCUGGUUUCCAUGGCAGUCACAGGGCAUCGUAACAGGUCUUCACCUCAUUGUGGCGCUGUGUCUCUACGACACAAUGUUUACAUUUAUCGGGCUGGCCAUGUGUUGCCUCUUCACCGAGAUUGCCAUUAGUCAGAGAGACCGGGUCUUGCUGACGCGGUAUUCACACAUUGUAAGUCUGCCGGGAUCAUUCAGUGUUACGAUCUGUGAGUUUUUUUCCGACAGUCUGAAAAACUUUCAGGGUUUUCAGAUAACAACGGUGAUCAUUGCCAUUUUGGCAUGUGCACUUAUGUUAUGGACGGGAAUGUACGCGCACACACAUUACGACAUUCAGCAGAUGGCGACAAAAGAAAGCUGUGUUCAGGUCAAACACCAGAAAGCUCAUUCUUCCAUCUUGAAAUUGACGUGGAAUAUAUUGUCGAACCAAAACUUUCUCGCAUUUGUCAUCACGAACUUCUGUCAGGAAUUUCACAGAGCUUUUUUGUCUAGCUUUAUGGCCAUAAUUUGUGACCAGCUUGUUGCAGAGAGUGAGGUUCCACUACAUAUUCGAAGUGUAUUCUAUGGAUCUCUCCAUGUGGUUUCAUCACUUGUUGUGAUUUUCGUAUCGACAACUCUGGUGAGGAAAUUUGGCUAUUUCACUGUAAUCCGAAGUAACUUUAUCUGGAAGAUCGUCUCCAGUCUCAGUAUAUACUAUAUUGGAAGAAGACACCCAUGGAUUCUGAUGGUCUAUUUCCUAGUGGAAAGUGCCUAUGUGAACAGUACCUUUUCACUGUUUAAUAUGCCACUGUCUGAUGUUGCCGAUGCAGACAUGCUGAAACAUAAUCGCCAACAUCCUUUAACGUCGAUGGUGUAUGGAACAAACGCCUUGGUUGUGAAGCCGUCCCAGUCCCUGUCACCCAUGCUGAUUGUGGCCAUCAUAAACCGGUACGGUUACGAGAGUUUCCGCAAGAAGACCAUCAGUGCCUCCGAGCUGGAGGUUCUGAAGGAUGGGAUGUUCCUGAUCGUUUGGUGUCUGCCGCUCGUUGUCGGAACACUGCAGCUGAUAUCGUGGUCCUUUUACAACCUCAGAAAUCAGUUCAAGUCCACUGACAUCACGGUUGAGAUAGAACCUAUAUAAAACAAAUUUUACUCUCCUACCGGUCCAACCAGAGGGGACAAUAGCUUUUUUGGUGUCAUGUCUGUCUGUCCGUCUGUCCAUUUAUCUUUCUGUUUGUAUGUAUUUCUGUCUCUACCACAUAUACCUUUCCUGAAAUUUGAUAUAUAACUUUAACAUGUAUGGUGACAGAUCAUCUAAAAAUUUCAUAGGGAUUUACCCAUUUUUAUAUGCCGAUCUAUGGGUCGUAUUAUGGUAUGUCAUUGUCCGUCCAUACAUACGUACGACUGUCUGUUAACUUUUUCUUGUCUGGACCAUAUCUUGCAUACAGGUGCAUACAGGACCAUCAAACCUCAAGGAACAACUUGGGAUGUUGGUGUGUUACGUGCUAUUACUAGGUCACGGUGACCUA